CGCAAUCCUAAACAGCAUGAAUGGCACCUAGGUAUACUUGAAGUACCUCCUAACCCAAUCACCAGAGCGCCCUCGUACAGGCGUCAUGCGCCCAUCUGCCCUGCGCUCAGCGCUCUUGUACCCCACAUGCAGGCCGACACUUUGGAGCAUCCAAAGCGUACCGCGCAUAGCGCGCUGUCAGUCGACCUCUACGGCCACUCUCAGCCCACGAUGGCUCUCCGACGUGAAGACGCGAAUCGGCAAGUGCAUCAUGUUUGGCAUAAGCCCUGCUCAGACGCAGGAAGCUGGUUCGAUAUUACAAGAGAUGGCUGUGGAUUGGAGGGAACUGGUAGCUGGCAGCGAGGGCUUUCUCACGGGGAUGCAGUACAGGGGACUCUAUCGGCAGGAGGUGGUAUGGGGUGAGAUGGACAGCAUGGGCCACGUUAACAACGUCAUGUACAAUCGCUAUGCCGAAUCAGCCCGAUGCACCUGGACGCUCAACUUUGCGGCGAGUGAUGCUGUGCACAAGGCGGAGUGGAUGGAGCUCAUGACACCAAAGCACAUUGGUCUUAUCUUACGGAGCAUUAAAACGGACUACAAGUUUCCAAUGAAAUGGCCCGACAGGGUAACGGUGCUGCAUAAGCUGAGAAACAAGCCGACGACGGACACGGAUCACUUCAUUCUCGAUGUUUUGAUCCUGUCCGAGGUGCACCGCCGUGCAGCUGCGCGGUGCAUCGAGGAUAUCGUCGUCUAUGACUACCAAAAAGCACAAAAGUGUCGGCUCAAGCCCUUUAUGGUAGACAAGUUCCGCGAGACGUUUGAGCUCCAGGAGCAAGCCAAGGAGAAGUGCCGCAUUCGGGUGAAGACGCUGCUGGACAGGGUGCGGCAGUUGGAGAAGGGCAGCUGGGAUAGAGCGGAUGCAGAGGAGGACAUGGGUGGUGCAGGCAAGCAGUAGAGACAGUCUGUAGCGUAGCGGUAAUGUUGAGGCAUGGUGUGA